AUGUUACAUUCAAGCUUGAUUGUUUUGCUUCUCAACUGUGUGGUCUUCCAUGUUGAAGCACAAAUCUCAGGGUCAAAUUUUCCUUCUGAUGAACAUUCUAAUUUUGAACCAAGUGUUGCUGUGGUUAUUGGUAUUCUCGCAAUCAUGUUCACGUUAACUUUUGUUCUCCUUGUCUAUGCUAAGUUCUGCCAUAGAAGAGAUUAUGUUGGUGGCAACAAUCACCAAAGAACAGGAGUUAUCAGCACAAGCUCUCGAUUUUCUGGUAUUGACAAGAAAGUGAUCGAGGCACUUCCUUAUUUCAGAUUCUCCUCUCUUAGAGGGUCAAAGGAAGGUCUUGAAUGUUCAGUCUGCCUGUCAAAAUUCGAAGAUAUUGAAGUUCUCAGAUUGCUGCCCAAAUGCAAACAUGCUUUUCACAUUAGCUGCAUUGAUCACUGGCUGGAAAAGCACUCAAGCUGUCCUCUGUGCAGGCACAGAGUUAGUUCUGAGGACCUAACGUUCAUUACCUACUCAGAUAGCAUGAGGGUCUUGUGGAAUAGCCAAUCAGAACAUCGACAAGACUCGAACAUACACCUCUUUGUUCAGAGAGAGGAAGAUCGCCGCAGUUCUUCAAGGUUCAGCAUAGGAAGCAGCUUUCGGAAAACUGAAAAGGCUGUUGAUAAAGAAGAGGAAUUGCUAAUCCUAGAAGAAGGUGCUGAUAUGUCAAAGGAGGAUCAGAAAAUCCUGCACAAGCACAAACACAAAAUUGUUGUGUCUGAUCUUGAGUUUAAGAACAGAUGGAGCAAUGUGAGUUCCUCUGACCUCAUGUUCCUAAAUUCUGAGAUGCUUAACACAAUGUCAAGCAAUAGAUUCUCUUCCGCACAUUUAAAUCAUGAGCCUGCAGCAGCAACGGGAAAUGAGGAGAUUAUGAAGAUUAGGGAGGAGAUGGAGAUGAAAAGAUUGUUUGAGACUAAAGUUAGUACAAUGAACAAAAAUGCUUCAGCUUCAAGUCCAACUUUUCCUUCCACAUCAGAUUACAUAGCAACUUCAGCUCAUGCCUCAAGGUCUAUGAAUCAAGGUGAGAAAAGAUCAAUGUCAGAAAUUACUGCUCUUUCAAGAUUUGGGAAUUUGGGUUUUAAGAACAGGAAUAAGGAGCCUUCUCUGCUUGAAAACAAUGUGAAGGAGGAAAGAAUGAGGCGGCUUUGGUUGCCGAUUGCCCGAAGAACAGUCCAGUGGUUUGCCAACAGAGAGAAAAGGACUCCACAGCCUUUGGAUGUACAAUAUGGAUCAAUGCUUCCCUAG